UGCGCAUUUUAGUGUCAAAAGGAAAAAAAUACACUUCUAAAAUCCUCGUCUUAUUCUCUGCAAUGUUUGCAAAACCUGUAUAACUUUAUAUGAACCUUCUAAGACUGAGGGCUGACGUUUUCAAUUGUAAAAAGUCAAUAAGGGAUUUAUUUUGAAAUUCCCGACCGGAGUCUAGUAUCUCAGUCUGUCUAACCUGACACACUCUGCCUCUGCCGUUGCACCGGCUUCUCUCUCGUCCCAGCCAUUUGUUUAAAUCUAGCCACGAACAGCCUGUGUAUUGUCUGCGUGUUGUCGCAGUGAGUCGGGGGCCAGGAGGCGCUUUUUCCGCAGACGUCGACAUGCCGAGAAGAGCGGAGACGUGUCCUUCGGACUCACUUGAGUGAUGCCCCCAUCAUAGGCCCCGUUGUCUUAUUACCGGAGCGCGUUCCUCUUAUAUGGUAAUGGUCCGGUGAGAUGCAGUCAAGGAUCACGAGCGGGUUUUCUCUGCGAUAAGGAACAGACCGUCCCUUGAAAAAUGAAGAUUUGGAGCACGGAACAUGUUUUCGGUUACCCAUGGGAGACAGUGAUCAAGGCUGCCAUGAGGAAGUACCCCAACCCCAUGAACCCCAAUGUGGUCGGGGUGGACGUGUUGGACCGCAGUUUGGACACAGAGGGACGCCUUCACAGCCACCGGCUCCUCAGCACAGAGUGGGGCCUGCCGGGGAUCGUACGAACGAUUCUGGGAACCAGCCACACACAGACCUAUGUGAAGGAGCAUUCAAUAGUCGACCCAGAGGAGAAGAAAAUGGAGCUGUGUUCCACAAAUAUCACUCUGACUAACUUCAUAUCGGUGGAUGAGAGGCUUCUUUACAGGCCACACCCAGACAACCCUGACGUAACUGUCCUGACGCAGGAAGCCAUCAUUACAGUGAAGGGAGUCAGUCUGAGCAGUUACCUAGAGGGGAUGAUGGCCAGGAGAAUGUCGGCUAAUGCCAGGAAGGGUUGGGAUGCGAUUGAGUGGAUCAUUCAGAACUCUGAAAGAGAGAACGUACCUCUCUGUGACAUAUACUAACUCUGGAAUCCUUUCCUCGGCUACACCCGACGAACCACAGGGGAUUCCUUAGCAUCUCCAGAUGCUCUGCAGGUGGUACUCACGCCAUUGGAGAGGUUUAGUGGAUUCCACCCCGGCCCCCACCCCCACGUACCCUCUCUCUACGUGCACUACAGGAACAGAAAUGUCUGCCAAAGCUGAAUGAAUGAGAGUAGUAUUUAAGUGCAGUGAGGCCAAGACUGGUGGAUCUGGCUCGCUGCUAAUUCACUGAUCAUUAGCCUGUUAACUAAAACAAGCGGCAAGUGCAGGCAAAGCAGAGAGUUGCAUCAGCUUUACCAGCCUGCCAGACCUCACUGGCUCGAAUAUAGUAUUACUCCACCACAUUUACUUUCAUCUCAUGCCAUGUCAUCGGUUUACAAGGACACACACAUGCACAACCAAGGUAGCGUACAAUGUUAUUAAUAUGCAACCAACUUUCUAACUUUAUUUGAACUAAUGUCAUUCCUCUCUAAUGUCAAACACUGGGAUCAGAGCGAUGGUAGCCCUGUGUGUUGCAAGGGGGAACAAAUUGUAGAUGUGUCUGCAUGAUAGUAGUUAAUAUGGAGGGAGGUUUUUAAAGAAGAAAAUAUUUAGAUCACGUCGUUUCUCCGAGAGAAACGGGAAUGUACCUCUAACAUAUAGCCUUGUUUUUCUGUUCUCGAGGCAACAAUGCACCGGCAACUUUUUGACGCGCACACACUGGGAGCUUGAAACCAGCAGAUCUAUAAACGUGUAAACAUUUAUUUUCGCUUUGAAACGAUGCCCGUGUGUUGUUGCCUCGCCAGCAGUGUCAUGCCUUUUCCCGUCAUACUCACCAUGCUUCCAAAAGUCGAACUACUCCAUAGAAGCUACCUGCGCACCCUGACGACCAGGGCAGUACUGUACAUGCAAUGCAGCAGUGGAAGAAGCACACUGUGUCUUAACGUGCUAAUUCAUAUUUCUGGGAAAAGAUUUAAUAGUUGUAUAGAUAUUAUUUAUUUAAAAUACAUUGUGUAAAUGAUGACAUUGCUUAUAUUCAGUGUGUUGUGUAAAAAAUUGUUGUUUUUUUUAUUUUGAUUUCAACAGUUGUGUUACUGGGACGAUUAAAACAAUUGUUUGAGAAGAAAACAAAGUGAGCACGCCGUUUUUUAUUGCCGCUCAUUGACAUAUAGUGAAAGUGGGGUGUGUGAACUAGCGGGUAACGCUAGUCUGUGGCUGAGAUGCCUUGAGGCGAGCACCUGUGGCUGCCCCUGCUCACCUGGAUGGGUUAAAUGGGGAGAACAAAUUCUUUGUAACUUGUAACCUGGAGUUCUUUGGUUAACCUUCCAAGACCCAAGCUUUAGUUUGGUGUGCAUUUUUAAUAUGGGAUUAGCAGGACCUAAGAAUAUCCUCAUAUGUGGACACGGGGACUGUGUCUCUACAUAUCACAAAAAAGUCACCAAUAUGUAACAAUGCAUAAAACUUCCUUAGACAGAAUUGUCCAUGUUGUAGCUCGUUACUAUUAACAGUUUGUUAAAUCUGUCAUAUCAAACUAGAAAAGUUAAAAAGCGUGAACAAGUUUCAACCGUAGUCUGAUGAGGUUUUGUACCUUGUCCACUUUCGUGCCGUGAUUGAAUGAAUCAGCCCGCUAACAUGAUGUGACACAAACUUGUGCAUGGACCCUUUGCGACCACUAGAUGGCAGACUAAAGUAUCCACUUAUGAGGACAACAGAUCAAAAUGAAAACUGAAUGUCCACAUAUGAGGACGCAGGGUCUCAGGAGGUUAAAAGACAUUGAAUGAAUGAAGAAAAAAAAAUCAUUGUCCUCCCUCAAUUCACAGGUGUCAAACAUACGGCCCGCAGGCCAAAAUCUGACCCAUGGCAUGAAUUUGCAAGCUUUCAAAAAUUAGAUUGAAGACAUCAACUGCAUUGUUCAUUACAUGCUUUCUAAUAGUGCAGUUCAUUGAAAGUAAACAUUUUCAUAGUGUGCUUAUCUGAACUAAAACAACAUUUGGACUUGUUAUUGUGUUACUGGUCUGUCCAAACUGGGCAGAAUGUGGCCCGUGAACUAAAAUGAGUUUGACACCCCUGCCUUACUCAGGAGGAUUUUCAAUAAACACAGAAUCCCUCGAAUCAGGGACACGCUGAGGCGGAAACUUGUUCACCCCGAAGACAAAACACCAAGGAGAGAGCAGCAACGCAGCUCAGCGCAGCGAGGAAUGCACAGACAAAACAACCCCUUCACAGGCUCAACGCUGGAGAGACAGCUCAUCGGGUCAGGAUUACAGAGUCCACCUACCCCUGAAGGACGAGGGACACUCUUUUGAAGACAGCAACGUGUGCAUUUUAGCCAGAGAAGACGGAUAGUUUUAAAGAGGAGUAAAGUAAAAUUGGAAAACCCCUCUCAAGGAUUCAAGGAUUUUUAUUUCUCAUUCGCAACCAUGAGAUGGAAUAAAAAUUAUGCAGUCAGGCCUUGGAUUAUUUCCUGUAUACAGAAAUUAAAUAAACAGUGUAGAUAAGAAUAAACAGUAUAGAUACGAAUAAAGAUAAACAAAGUGGAAAUAUAAAUAAAAACAACAACAAAGCAGCAUGAAUUUGUUUGUGCAAGGAAAGUGUGCAAAACACUGGGCUGUGCAAAUCACACAGCUCCACCAGAGUUUAACAGUCUUACAGCUUCUGGGAAGAAGCUGUUCCCCAGUCUGGUGGUGAAGUGUGUGGUGAUUUUUCAACUACUUACAACAUGAUCUGUGCCAAAAAAGUCUCACUUCCAUUUGCAGUGUGGUUCUGGGGGUUUCCGCCCAUUAAUAGGUCAUUAAAGUACCAGUCAUUGGAGGAGGAAAAGACUGAAACACAACAAAUUCCUCCAAUUACAGGCGAGUUAACAGACUAAAACCAUGCGAGCAACAUCCACAGAUGUUGCAAAUAAGAACCUAAUGUACCCACCAGUCGCUUAGAACUUAAUGGAUGAGUGGUUGCGACAUCUUCUUGAAGACUCGAACAUCCAGUCGCCUUUUAGUUUUUACACAUAUACCAUGACAUGUCAUCUAGAUGACUUUCAUUCUUCACCGACACAUUUGUUUGAGUCAAUCAUGAAGGAAAUCCUGCAGAAAAGCAAAACUUGUGGUAGUCGAGCGAGCAGAUGCACUAAAAUGACCUCAAAUGCCUAGAUUAUUCCCUUUUAAAUAUUACAUUGCAGUUUGACAUUUGUCCAAUAGAGGGCACACAUUUGCUGCAAUCUACAGCAUCAGCUGUCUCCCUGCUAGAACUAAACAAACAGUUUAGCGCUCAAUAAAAUGUCAUGACUGACGGCAGAGGUAACGUCAUUUACUUUUAUUUCUUCAUCAGAACAUAAACAGAAUGCAUUGCAUAGCAUGUACAUAGUCCCUCACUGUCUGAGCAGUGAACCUCGGAGUCAAACUGCACCUUUACACCUCAUAGUUCUUACUCCUUCAAACCCAAGUGCGCAAGUUGAACCACCUGCGGAAAUCCCAAUAAAUAAAUAAGUAAACACAAUCAGCUCAGUGUUUUUUUCUAUAUAAAAACAAAACAAAAAAAUAGAUCAUGCAGGAAGCUAUAGAAAAAUAGGAUAUUUCAAACAGCUGACUUUGGUGUGAGAGUGUCAAAGCUUCUGUAAAUAACCUGCAAUCAUUGCAAACUAGGCAUUGGUUGUACCUGUACUGUUUCAAGUUUUUAUGACAAAAAGGCACACGCCAUUGUUGUACUGCCUUUGAAUACAAUCUUUGGUAAUACCGCACUCAAGUGCUGCUGAAAACAAACACACCAUAAAAAAAAGAAAAAUUAUCAAAUCAAUAUAAAAGUGAAAAAGAACAACACAAAAUAGAAAAGAUACCGUGGUGUCAACAUGUCAAAGAAUCCUCACAGACGACGACUGAUUAUUUACCGACUCUCGCUUCCAUUCCUUUUCUCUUUAUAGGUCACGACAUGCUAUUAUUCAUCUCAGUGCCAAAAUAGAUUACCAUUGGUUCAGUACUGCAUCUGGACUUUAAGUCACAUUGCACACACC